AUUAUGUUCAUGUUUAUUUUUUAUAGACGUUUUAAAAUUUUGGUUUGACUCUAUCCAUUGUUAUGGCACAAACAUGAAUUGUGAUGCCGAACUGUUAGACCCACCAAUACUGGCAGUUGGCACACACAAAGAUUUAUUCAAAGGUGACUGCGGAGCUCGUUUAACAGAACAAGUUCAAAGGGUUAUUCUGGAUUCAAGACGACAUUUACGUUCUUGCUUUGCAUUAUCAAAUACAAAGGGUGAUGAUGGCGUAAUCAAUGAUAUUAAGCAUGCAAUAUUUGAUCAAAUGAAAGGCAAGACAAACUUCGGAAAAGAAUUUCCAUAGAAAUUUAUUCAAUUAGAAAAGUCACUAAACAAAAUGCAAAAUGAGGGAACCGUGAUCAUAUCCUUUUCCAAAAUAUUGGAUAUGGCUGCACGUACUUUGAAACCGAUUCGUAAGACAGAAGAAAUAGAUUUAUUUCUGAGAUAUCAACAUGAAAUAGGAAAUCUUAUUUACUUUAGUGAUAUUCCUGAUUAUAUUAUUCUUGAUCCCCAGUGGCUUGCUAAUGCAUUUAGUGCAAUAGUUACUGCAAAGAAGUUUCAACUAGAACUGCUUGGAUACGAUGAAUGGGAUGCUUUUCAGAGAACAGGAAUGUUAAAAACAGGACUACUGAAUGCCAUUUUUACCAAACAACCUAAAAAUAUACAAUAUUACAAAGAUCAUGUUAUUAUGGUAAUGGAAAAAUUUGACAUUAUUAUCCGACCAAAAACUGCAACAGGAGAGGACCGGAGCAAAGAAGAACGCCAUUAUUUUGUUCCUUGUAUGAUAAAGACAGCUGCUUUAAGUAAUAUUGAUGUUUUGUGUAAAGUUCCUAUCGGAGGGAAGACGUCUUGUUUGUGUUUUGUAUUCAAUUUUUUGCCACGGGCAUUUAUAAACCAUUUAAUAGUAUCUUACAUCAGAACCUUCACGACUUCUAAAGUCAGAGACACAAUGGACAAUAGAAAACAACCUUCUCUCUUUCAUGAACUUGGUGUUUUUGAUAUAUCUAACACCGGUUGUGAAAAGCUUCUUGUGGCUGUCUAUCAAAAUACAGUACAAAUACAGAUCUGGAAAUAUGGAAAAAUUAAACACAGAGUUUAUUCGGACGUAGAAAAUUUCAUAAGUGGUGAAAUAAAGAGAAUACAAUGUGAAAAAUACAGAAUGGUGAAUAUGACUCAUAGUAAGCAAUUUAAAUGUCAUGAUACGAAGUAUGACAAUUUUGAAGGCUUAAAGAACUGUCAUAUUUACCAAAACGGACAGGAGUAUCAAUGCGAGGAACAUGAUGCGGUGCAUGAAUUUAUAGACGACUGGUUUGAAGUCCAGCAAAUCAGUGAUGGCCAGAAAAGAAAGGAAUCUGGCGUUACAAAAGAAGAAAAACAACGGAAUGAGCUUGCAUCCAGGCGCUUAUUUGAAUGUUUAGAAGAUAAUAAAACAAAAAGGAGAAAAGAAAAACGCGGUGAUGUUAUGAAACUAAAAGACACAGAAGAACUACAUGCACAGUCACAACACAAACAACCAGCAUACAAAUUUCGCCUGCAAAAGAACUUCAAAAAUAUUGUUUCUACAAUUACACAUGAAACAAUUAUAGAUCACCUCAUAUCAGAAGAGGUAUUUUCGUUUGAUGAUUAUCAAAUUAUUGACUCUUGUCCUGGGCAAACACAGAAAAACCGGAGGUUGGAUCAUCUUUUGCUAUCACGGGGAGACCGAGGCUACAGUGAAUUCAUAAAAGCUUUGCGUUUGGAUUCUGCUUAUAUGGAUUUAGCAGAUAUAAUUGAAGACACCAGAGUAGUGUAAACUAUCGUAAUAGUUAGUAUUUCUAUACAGCAAUGAACAUUUACGGUACAAAUUCUGUCGAUACUUAUAUUUUGGCAUUGCUCAAGAUAUUAUUUUUCUCUUACUGUUUAUGACGUCUUUACGCUAAAUCCCUUAGAUGUGAACUGAUUUUAUUUUAAUCUUAAUUACAAGAUUUUAUUUCUAGUUGUUAUUGGCUUCGAACUAGGUUUCAGUAACUGCGAGUACUCUCAGAUCUGUGUCUUAAAUCUUUUUGUUAGUUGUAUUUUGUCGAUUUGAUGGGUUAAGCUUUUUAAAGUGAUUUUCAUAGUUUAUUCUUAUGUUGUACAGUUACACCAUUGUCCCAGGUUAUGUGGAAGGUUGGGCGUUCGCAAAAAUGUCUAACCCCGUCGCAUUCUGUAUGUGUGGGCUGUCCCAAUGCAGGAGCCUGUAAUUCAGUGGUUGUCGUUUGUUGCUAUUUAUCAUAUAAGUUUUUUGUUUAUUUAUUUUUUUUUUCUCGUUUGUAUUGUUUUACAUUUUAUGAUUUCUUUUAUAGCUUGUUAUGCGAUAUGAGUUUUACUCAUUGUUGAAGUCCGUACGGUGACCUAUAUAGUUGCUAACUUCUACGUCAUUUGGUUUCGGAUGGAAAGUUGUCUCAUUGGCGAUCGUGCCACAUCUUCUUAUUUUUAUAUCAUUUAGAAACAACGCAUUUUUCCAUAUCUGUCUGCAUUAGUAAUGAAACGACAACACGGAACUAAACUGGCAAUCAAAUUGGAAAAAGCUUCAUAAUCUGCCUGUAUAAACCAAUAUUUUCUAAAUCCAAUGGAAAUAAUUACAUAAUAUACAUUAUACUGAAUUUGAUUUGUACCAAAUGCGAAAGUCCAAUGGCCUAUGUAACAUUUAAACCCAGGAGCAUCUAUCUAUUUUAUUAUUGUUAUAAAAUUCAAAACACUAUUAAAGAAAUAAAAUGAUUGCUAUCGCUGUGCAUAGAUAUAACGCAUAAUUUCAAUGCCCAAAAUAUGAAUAUUGAUAUAACCGAGACCUUGAUAAAACAAAGUAAAACCUGUACAAAUGGUUUGAAAGUUAUAUUUCAAAUAGGAAACAAAGAGUUUUUGUUUCAAGUUCAUAUUCGCCUUUAGAGAACACUAAUGCAGGAGUUCCGCAACGCUCUGUAUUAGGACCCUUACUAUUCCUGAUUUAUGUAAACGACAUAGCUGAUAAUUUGAUAAGCCUAACUCGAUUGUUUGCUAAUGACACAACACUUUCUUACUCCAGUAAUAGCCCUUACACAAUAGAGGACGUCUUAAACAGCGAUCUAGAACUAAUCUUAACAUGGUCUAAAGAUUGGCUAAUUAAUUUUAAUCCUAAUAAGACAAAGGCUAUGCUAUUCUCCUGUAAUAAACCCCCAGAUGAUAUUGAAAUUCAAUUCUUUGUGUCUUCAUUCAUUGGAUAAAUUUGUGUAGCUUCUCGCAACUCUUAUUCCAGCCAGUGCCUGUUAAACAACUUGAAAAAAAACUGAAAGGUCAUAAUCACUUCUUGAUUUUUUCAUGUAUCAGCGGUUACUUUCUUAAUCAUGUCUGUCAAAGUAAGUCGUCCACAUCAACAGGGAGUGACAAAUGCACUAAACUCUAAGGUAAUCAGUAUACAUAUACUUGGCAAUAACCGGAAAAAUCUGUUUGAAAGCGUUUUGAUAGAAAUAACGGUCAAUUGCAUGUAAUACUUUGUAUAGAUUCUAUAUACCACAUGAGUAAAUCUACUUUCAUAUUGUUGUAAUGUUUUAUAUAUUAAAUAUUCCCACUAUGCGA